AUGAAGGCCAACUUGGUCUCCGCUGGGCAGCUAAGUGACAAAGGAGCAAAUCUGCAAACCGAAGAAGGUGUCACCCGCAUCAUUGCAUUGGGAGGACAAGUGGCAGCAACUGCACGCUACCACCAUCGUCUUCUCUGCCUUGACCUGAAACCAUGGCCAGCAAGCAACGGCACAACGGCUGCAGCGGCAUGCAAUGGCACGACGGCUGGAGCGGCAUGCAACGGCACGGUGGCUGUAGCCGCUUGCACCAGUACAACGGCUGGAGUGGCAUGCAAUGGCACGGUGGCUGCAGCGGCAUGCAACGGCACGGUGGCUACAGCGGCAUGCAACGGCACGGUGGCUGCAUGCAAUGGCAUGACUAAGGCAGUUGCUGACGAAGCGGCCAGUCUCAAGACAUACGUGGUGGGCUCCAAGGCAAUGCCCAACCUGUGGCACACUCGCCUUGGACAUGUCCACUCCGAUGUGCAGAAUCUGCCGCCACCACGUACCGUCAUCGUGGUCCCGGUACCGUCCGUGCAAGGGGGCGAGCAACCCCUUGAUCGUUCGGCGGGCCCUUUGGGCAGCAAGGCACCUACUGCGCCUCCUCCUCUUGGUCCACCCGCCAUUGCUGAUUCGGCGCCUGUGGGACCAGGGGAUGGUCCUCUGGAGGUUGGCACCAGCAUGGCUGGUCACGAGGAAGAAGAAGAAAAAGUAGCAGUGGAUGAGCAGUCACCAAGGGCCCAUGAGCAUAAGCCUUCACCUGCAGUUCCCCCCAUCCAGCCCAUUCCACCACCCCCACAUCGCUCCAGCAGGCCUAACAAGGGGGUGCCACCCGCGGAUGGCAGUUUGGGUGAUGAGGAAGGUCUCAUGGGUGCUCAAGAGUGGUCUAGGGGGAUGGAUCAGCAUGAGGGCAUGGGAGCAGCAGCACCCAUAGCAGCGUUUGAUGGGCGGGGUCUGGAUUCACGCAUGGAGCUCAGCGCUGUUGAAGGCCUGGAAGAAGACACCCCUCGCACGACACAACACCUUGCUCACUCUCAUGCUCACGCUCAUGCUGGUGCUUAUGCUCCUGCUGCCGGAGCCACUGGUGCUGCUGCUGGCGCCACUGGUGCUGUCAAUGCUGCUACGGCAGGCGGCGCGUUUGGUGGUCCUGCUGCUGGGCCGUCUGGUGCGCUGCGUGUGGAGAGAAGGACAAGGAUGCUGCUGCCCGUGCCACAGGAUGUUGCGAUAGACGCCUGCGGUGACCUUUGCCGUGCAGGACGAUUAAAAAAUGCUGGCGGAGGAGGGGAGGAGCGCGGAGGAGGGGAGGAGCGCGGAGGAGGGGAGGAGCGCGGAGGAGGGGAGGAGCGCGGAGGAGGUGAGGAGCACGGAGGAGGGGAGGAGCGCGGAGGAGGGGAGGAGCGCGGAGGAGGGGAGGAGCGCAGAGGAGGGGAGGAGCGCGGAGAAGGGGAGGAGCGCGGAGGAGGGGAGGAGCGCAGAGGGGAGGGAGGCAUGAGGGUGAAGGCGAAGGUGUGGCACCUGCAGUGCGCAUGGAGCAGCAGAUGGCAGGCAGAGGCAACGUGCCUGGCCACCAGGAUGCUCAGAUUUAGGAUCCACUGCAUGGGGAGAGGCAUGGGGAGAGGCAUGGGGAGAGGCAUGGGGAGAGGCAUGGGGAGAGGCAUGGGGAGGGGCACGGGGAGAGGCAUGGGGAGAGGCAUGGGGAGAGGCAUGGGUAGAGGCAUGGGGAAAGGCAUGGGGAGAGGCAUGGGGAGAGGCAUGGGGAGAGGCAUGGGGAAAGGCAUGGGGAGAGGCAUGGGGAAAGGCAUGGGGAGAGGCAUGGGGAGAGGCAUGGGGAAAGGCAUGGGGAGAGGCAUGGGGAAAGGCAUGGGAAGAGGCAUGGGGAGAGGCAUGGGGAAAGGCAUGGGGAGAGACAUGGGGAGAGGCAUGGGGAAAGGCAUGGGGAGAGGCAUGGGGAGAGGCAUGGGGAAAGGCAUGGGGAGAGGCAUGGGGAAAGGCAUGGGGAGAAGCAUGGGGAGAGGGACGGGGAGAGGCACGGAGAGGGGCACAGGGAGAGGCAUGGAGAGAGGCAUGGGGAGAGGCACGGGGAGAGGCAUGGGGAGAGGAAUGGGGAGAGGGGAGAAGCAGAUUUGGGGAGAGGCAGGGAAGGGCGGAUUAGGAGCAGUGAAACCACGUGAUGCCGAAACUCAGCGUGCUGCCGGGCGGCAGCGUUGCAGGGGGCGCACCCAGCCCACGUGUGGCCGCUGGGGCGCGCCUAGCCCCUCCGCCCGUCCCUGCUGCUCCUGCAGCAGCGGAGGUGGUGCUUCCGUUGGUGCACCAGCGGCAGCAGCGGAGGGGGGGGCAGGCGCGGCAGCAGCUGGUGCCAUGGUGGACGAGGAGGGAGGUGCGGUGGUGAAAGAGGGAGGUGCGGUGGUGGAAGAGGGAGGUGCGGUGGUGGAAGAGGGAGGUGCGGUGGUGGAAGAGGGAGGUGCGGUGGUGGAAGAGGGAGGUGCGGUGGUGGAAGAGGAAGGUGCGGUGGUGGAAGAGGGAGGUGCGGUGGUGGAAGAGGAAGGUGCGGUGGUGGAAGAGGGAGGUGUGUGUGCCGGUGCUCGUCCCAUAGCAGAUCUCAUUGCACAGUCUGGGCGGUCAACACACGUGCAGCGCCAUCUGUGGCCGCUGUACCUGCCCGCUUGGCGCGUCAACCUCGGAGUUGCUUCUGCUGCUGCUGUUCGCACACCAGCAGGAGCAGCAGCAGCCGCCGCAGCAUAA